GCCAGACUAUGGGGUGAGCCGGGAUUUUCUUUAUUCUCUUGUGAGCUAUUUUAUUUUAUUUUUCUGAAAUGUCGUUUCAUGGAAUGAGCGGCUCUGAGCUGAGUGAACCCAAUGCAAAGGUUGGCUGUCCACUCUGCGGCAAGGACUUUUCUGACUGGGAUUUGGCGGCCCGGACUGCACAUACAGAGAGCUGCUUGGAGCUGGAUAGCUCGGGUCCUUCAGCAGAGCACGUUUCGCGAAAAAUCGUCGAGCAGCACCCAGAGAUCGAGCUUGACCAGUAUGCUGACACCUUCAGGCGGCUGGCAGACUGCCCUGUGUGCGGCAAGGGGUGGCCGUUUCGUGACCCGUCACGGAUAUCGCAUGCCAAGCAGUGCGCAGCACGAUACGGUGUUUCAGCAACAGACCUAUACAGUCUAAUCGACGUGUUCAAGGACUCGCUGGACAGUAGCAGCAGUCUCAACCUGCCACCCGAAAAGCCAAAGCAAGCUCAGGCGAAGAAACCACGAACAAUAGACGGAUGGGUUAACCAGCAUACCGGUUCUGGCCAAAUGGCAGUCGAGCAGGGGAGUCCUUCAUAUCAGCAUACCACAAAAUCCUUUGCAUACGAGAUCCCAGGCGACGACGACUUUCAACCGACUCGCAUCACUGUCCCUAAGCGCCAGUCACGAAUAACCAUAAACCGGCUGACAAAAAAACAGCAAGAGUUUAUGGACGAGCUAGAUGAAGACUUGAUUGCAGCAAAGGCGCUGUCGUUAUCCCUGAAACGUAACAUUUCAGACAGUGUAGUGUCAGAGUAUCCGGCAAAGAAGCGCGAGUCCAAGGACAAAAAAGCUGCGCGGUUGGAAAGAUCCGAUGUCCUGGCAUGUGCCGACGCUCAGGACUACAUUCGCCAGCGAGCUGUGGCCUUGGCAUACUUGGAUGAGGAGCUUGGGAUAGUGUCGCCAAAGCCUGCGGAGUCGCCUCGUAACACCACCUCAAAGGAGAGCGGCGGACUGUGGGGUCUGUCAGCAUCGAUGACGUCAGACCACGAGGACUGUCCAAUCUUCAGAGCUUACAAUGUAGGUAGACGCAAGCGUAAAGGCAAAGACAAAGGCAAGGAGCCAGAGUGAUGUGCGCGAUAUUACAUUUUUAUGGAGGUCCAUAUAUUAACUGGAGCACGUGUGGGGAGGGGGUGAUUAUAAAUGCCAAUUUAUGACGCUGUAGAUGCGGCACUCGCACCACGGCAAUGUGGGGGACUGUAUCGGAGGCAUGGUCGAGAACAUGUUAAUAUUAGAAGCAGCAUUACAUAAUAGCGGAAAGAGCAGCAGCAGCGACAUUACUGAGGAGUCGUUGCAGGCAGCGU